UGGGAAGUAGAAAGAAAAAAAAAAAAAUAGUAUUUUGAUGCUCCAUGACCAUGCUUCUACUAUGAGGAAAAGACAUGAAACCCAUCAAAAGAAGGAGAAAAAGAAGUAAACUUUGUAGAGUAGACAUACCAGACGAACUGUUUCUUGCAACAGGGCUUCUUGGGAGUUGAAUCGUCAUCGUGAACUGUGUCUCCGGCCAUCACAGAAGGAGCAUCGCGGAGAAGCAGAAUUACAACACAAAAUACAACAAUCAAGCUAAUCUUCUCCGAAGCCACUCUCAACAAGAUUUAUGAAUCCAUUACCAACUCUCAGCUGAAACAAAGAUAGAGAGAGAAAUAGAAGGACCCUUGGCUGAUGCGUCUUGGGCAUAUAAAAAAAAAGUGAGGCAAAAAUGGCUGGUGGAGGAUUUGCUGAUGCUGGGACCCUCAAGAGGGCUCAUCUUUAUGAGUCCAAGAUUACUGGAUUUUUCAUCUUUUCUUGCAUUGUUGGAGCUCUUGGUGGAUCUCUAUUCGGAUAUGAUCUUGGUGUUUCAGGUGGAGUUACCUCCAUGGAUGAUUUCCUCAUAGAAUUCUUCCCACAAGUGUAUGAGAGGAAGCAUGCACAUCUUGCAGAAACGGAUUAUUGUAAAUAUGAUGAUCAACUAUUGACACUCUUUACAUCAUCUUUGUACUUUGCGGCGCUUGUGUCAACAUUUGGUGCUUCAAGUCUAACAAAAAACAAAGGCAGGAAAGCAAGUAUUUUAGUUGGUUCCGUAAGCUUCUUUAUUGGAGCUGUUCUCAAUGCUGCUGCCAAGAACAUUGCCACGUUGAUCAUUGGGCGUAUCCUUCUUGGUGUUGGCAUUGGAUUUGGUAACCAAGCUGUUCCUCUGUAUCUUUCAGAAAUGGCUCCAGCAAAAAUCCGAGGAGCAGUGAACCAACUCUUUCAGUUAACAACAUGUUUGGGAAUUUUAAUAGCUAACCUUGUGAACUAUGGUACCGAGAGACUUCAUCCUUGGGGAUGGAGGUUAUCCCUUGGUUUAGCCACAGUUCCAGCAACUUUAAUGUUCAUUGGAGGUUAUUUGUGUCCAGAGACACCAAACAGUCUUGUUGAACAAGGACGAAUUGAGGAAGGAAGAAUAGUAUUGGAGAAGAUUAGGGGCACCCCUAAUGUUGAUGCUGAAUUUGAUGAUCUUCUUGAGGCUAGCAGAGAAGCAAAAUCUAUCAAGAACCCUUUCCAGAACCUCCUCCUAAGAAAGAACAGACCCCAAUUAAUAAUUGGUGCUUUGGCUAUUCCAGCAUUCCAACAACUAACUGGCAACAACUCCAUCCUCUUCUAUGCACCUGUCAUUUUCCAAACUUUAGGCUUUGGCUCUGGGGCAGCUCUAUAUUCAUCUGUUAUCACCAGUGUAGCACUUGUUCUUGCCACUCUUAUCUCAAUGGCUUUUGUUGACAAGUUUGGUAGGAGAGCUUUCUUUUUGGAAGCUGGUGCUGAAAUGAUAUUCUGCAUGAUUGCUACAGCUUUGGUUUUGGCUUUUGCAUUUGGAAAAGGCAAACAACUUUCAUUUGGUGUUGGUUUAUUUCUGGUUAUAGUGAUUUUCAUAUUUGUUUUAGCAUAUGGAAGAUCUUGGGGUCCCUUGGGGUGGUUGGUUCCUAGUGAGCUUUUCCCAUUAGAGAUAAGGUCAUCUGCACAAAGUGUUGUGGUGUGUGUUAACAUGAUCUUCACUGCACUUGUGGCACAAUUCUUCCUUGUAUCACUUUGCCACCUCAAAUAUGGAAUCUUCUUGCUGUUUGGGUUCUUAAUUUUCCUUAUGAGCUGCUUUGUCUACUACCUAUUGCCAGAAACCAAGCAAGUUCCAAUAGAGGAGAUUUAUCUUUUGUUUGAGAGACACUGGUUUUGGAAGAAAGUAGUAGCAGCAGAGUCUGGCACACCAUUAUAA